CACAAAACCAUUGCAUGAAUCCCUCCACGUGCCCCAUCUCUCUCUCUCUCUCUCUCUCUCUAAAAUUUCCUUCAAUCCUAAGAAAGAAGAGUCUCGGCUACACACAUUCCAUAACACGGCGCCACCUUCAAUCCUUCUACCCCCUCCUCAGCUGACACAGAAAAUAAAUUAGAAAAUACUCACACACACACAGAGAAGAGAGAGAUAGAGAAAUAGAGAGAGUAGAAGAAAUUUUAGGAGAGAGAGGGAAUCACCAAGGCGGUUGAAUCGCGAAAGCUGUCGAAUUGAACGGACUCUCAAUUCAGUGACCCUUUCUUCAACUUCUUCGUCUUCUCUCUCUCCCAAAGACUCGGCUCGAAUCUGAGAUGGCUUUUGAUCAGAGCUCAGUACCUAGAGAUCUACGGCCUCUGAAUGUAGCUCGAACAAUGCCCGACGAGACUCGCAUUGCUCCGGUAACGACGACAUCUGGUAGGACCGUUGAGGGUUUUUUAGGGAAUCCGGUUUGCGAUGCUGGUAGUCCCGGGCCGAUUCCGGCUUACUACCCGCCAACAGUGUCUGAUGCAGGGUUUGUAGGUUUAGGGUAUAGUAAUGCGGUUUCGGGGGUGGCUUCGUGGUGCCCUCGGAUGCCCGUAGGUGUUGUUGCUCCUCCUGGUGGUAAUGUGAUGAUGGGAUAUAGUCAUACCCCAAGUUUUGGGGCACGGGUCGGUGGCAAUGCCUCCGAUCAGGCUAGUGAUGAGGGCGGAGAGGACUCGGUUUCGGGGAAGAAAGUUAAGUUUCUGUGUAGUUUUGGGGGAAAGAUUCUUCCGAGGCCAACCGAUGGGAUGCUCAGAUAUGUUGGAGGGCAGACUAGGAUUAUUAGCGUUAGGAGAGAUGUGAGCUUCGACGAAUUAGUUCAGAAGAUGGUUGAUACUUACGGGCAGAAUGUUGUUAUCAAGUACCAGUUACCCGAUGAAGAGCUUGAUGCCCUUGUAUCUGUUUCCUGUCCUGAUGAUCUCGAAAAUAUGAUGGAUGAGUACGAGAAAUUCGUUGAGAGGUCUUCAGAUGGGUCAUUUAAGUUGAGGGUGUUUCUAUUUUCGUUUUCAGAGCUUGAUUCUUCUGGGGUGAUGCAUUAUGGCGAAUUGCAAGAUAGUGGGCAGCGAUACUUUGAGGCGGUGAAUGGGAUCAUGGGUGGAGUCGGUGGGAGUAUCGCAAGGAAGGAGAGCAUGGCAAGUGCAACAUCCACGCAGAAUUCGGACAUGAGUGGGAAUGAGGCUAUUGAUGGGUCAGGCCAUUGUCAAGGGGAUUUUACUGGCCCCCCAUCUACUGGUGUGUUUUCUCCUAAAGCCAAUGAUGCCACAACUCAAGAACAUAACCCAAGAUUGGUUUGUGUGGAUCCUACCCCUCCAUCUAAUGCUGAAAUGUCUACCGCUCCGUUGGGUAUUCAGAUGAUGAUGUCAACUACCCCUCAUACUCUGUCGUCUCAGCCUGAGUAUGAGUUUGAGAGAUCUGUGCCUGUUAAUGUACAGAAGCAGCAAAUUGGGGCUGAAGUGCAGCAAGCUGGAGUUAAUUUUCAGCCCCCUGCACCUUAUUUGCAGGCUUAUAUUGAUCCUCCUCCCCAAGAAACAUUGAACCAUGCAGAUUAUGUACAGGUUCCUUCACAGAUGGGGUACCCAAAUCAGCUAUUGGGGAAUGUUGGGCCUAUGUCCACACAUCAACAGUUCCAUGAUAAUGCUUCUGGUAUUUUCUCUCAUCAGUUUAUCCCUGCAUUGCACAUGACAAUGGUUCCUUCAACUCAUGUCAGUAUGAAGCCUAACAUGAUGCAGCCAAUGGUACAACCGCAACAAAUUCGUGUGGAGCCCCAUCCCAACGAAAGAACAUUUGGGGCGAGGGUUGUCCAGCUUCCCAGUGCCCAAAGCUACAAUGCCUAUCAAGCCCAGGUCCCUACUUCAGUGGUGGAAGGAGGUUACGGAUGGAGUCAGGUUUCACACCCAGAGCAAGUGGUUUUCUCUGAGGGAUGGGCAUCUAAUCAGCAGGUAACUAUUCCAGAGAAAAUCGCAACAUUCAAGGACUGUUAUAUGUGUGAGAAAGCAUUGCCUCAUGCACAUUCGGAUACAGUUGUACAGGACCAAAGAGAGAGCCCUGCAAUCACUGCAUCUGAUUUGAACCCUAUUUAUCAUAGUCUCCAAUUGGAGGACAAAACGAGAGCCCCGCCAAUGAACAGGGCUGUUGUAAUUGGAGCCCCGGUAGAAGGUAUCGUUGAGCUAGGAGUGCGACCAAAGGUUUUGAGUAAUUUAGAUCAGGAAGUUGGGAUACCUCAAUCAGCGGCAGUCAUGGCCGCACAAAAUGUUGUGCAGCGAUAUGAGAAUGAGAGAAUAAGUUUACAAAGUGCUGAGAAUUCUGAUCUCGCCAAAGUAUCAGUUGUUCCCCAGGGUGUGGUAGGGUUUGCCACUGGUGUACAAUCUCUGUAUAGUGGGGCCAUGACUACCCUUUCUCAGCCAUCCCAAAAGAAUGCUGUCCUGCCUCAUGCAGUGCCACCCCAAUACCAGGUUAAACAGGAGAUCGUAAUGAACAAACCAGUAGUUAACAGCGAUAUCAAUCCUGGUGGAGGUAUGCCUUUCCAAAUGUCGGAUCAGCUGGUACGCGAAUCUCCAAAGGAUUAUUACAGUAAACUUUCUUGCAUUGCUCAUAAAGAAGAUAUCAUAGAGUCGUACGACCAUCUCAAACAUGUAGGUGUCAGGAUGGAAAAUCUCCAGGUAAGUCCCCCAGAAGUUUUCAUUAGUAAAGAGCAAAAUAAGUCACCGAGUGAGAAUCCUAGGAAGGAAGAUGUUGUAAGGGAGCCGUUUGUAAAAAAUGCCCUAAGCACUCAGAGAAUGGUAUUCGAUACAAAUCACAUCAAACCGAAUGAACUGCUGCCUUCCUCAAACGAGGUUUCUUACUUGCAUAAUUUUCAACCACCGGAGUCCCAUGUUGUGGUACAAUCACCUCUUUUGGGUAUUCCUACAUCAUACCUACAGUCAAACCUUGGCGUUAGCUAUUUGGCUCCUGAUGAAGCUUCUUAUGGUAAUCUUGCAUUUUCUGAUGUUAAUUUAGCCCAGAGAACUGAAAGAAUUCCACCUAUUGGUGAAUGGAAAGAGAAUCCUUCGUUAUUCCAUAAUAAGUUGCUUCCUGAUAAUGUUGGCUAUGUAGCCUCCAAUGGGAGUAUAUCAUCUUCCGUUUCGCCUUCUAACAGGGUUGGGGAUGUACAAGAUUCCUCAACCUCACUUUUCAGUGACCAAGAUCCUUGGAAUUUGCGGUAUGAUACUCAUUUCCCGCCACCCAGGCCUACCAGAAUCGCAUUAAGAAAGGAAGAUUUUGGUACGAGGGAUCCUUUUGGGGAAAAUCAUAUGGAAAGCGGUGGAGAAUUACCAAUAGGCAAUAGAAUGGAAGCAUCUGCAGUAGCGCAGUUGGAUGGUGGAGUUUUCCAGCCCACUGGCAAUAUGACUAGGACCACCCAAGGUUCAGCAGAGGAACUUAUCAAGCAAGAACUUCAGGCUGUUGCCGAGGGCGUAGCUGCUUCUGUUCUGCAGUCAUCUAUGCCUUCAAAUCCGGACAUAACCACCAUGCAUGACAGGAGUGAAAGUCUUUCUGUUGUCAAUCAAGACAGUGAAGUUCAAAAUACUGAUCUUGAAUUGAAUAAAGCAAGCUUCGAGGACAUCAAGGCCAAACUACCAGAAAAGACAAAUCUCGGGUUUCCUGUAUCAGAUGGGCUUGGUCGCUUACAGAUUAUAAAGAACAGUGACCUCGAGGAGCUUCGGGAAUUGGGUUCUGGCACCUUUGGUACCGUUUAUCAUGGAAAGUGGAGGGGUACUGAUGUUGCAAUCAAACGGAUCAAUGAUAGGUGUUUUGCUGGGAAACCUUCGGAACAAGAACGCAUGAGAGACGACUUCUGGAAUGAGGCAAUCAAGCUCGCUGACUUGCACCAUCCGAAUGUGGUGGCCUUCUAUGGUGUUGUGCUUGAUGGUCCUGGUGGUUCAGUGGCAACAGUGACAGAAUAUAUGGUUAAUGGUUCUCUAAGAAACGCUUUGCAGAAGAGUGAGAGGAAUCUUGAUAAACGAAAGCGUCUAGUGAUUGCUAUGGAUGUUGCCUUUGGAAUGGAGUACUUGCAUGGAAAGAAUAUUGUACACUUUGAUUUGAAAAGUGACAACUUGCUUGUCAAUCUUCGUGAUCCUCACAGACCGAUAUGCAAGGUCGGUGAUUUGGGGCUAUCCAAGGUGAAAUGUCACACACUUAUCUCAGGUGGUGUGCGGGGAACACUUCCUUGGAUGGCACCAGAGCUUCUGAAUGGAAGCAGUAGCCUUGUUUCUGAAAAGGUUGAUGUAUUCUCAUUUGGGAUUGUGAUGUGGGAACUUCUUACUGGAGAAGAACCAUAUGCUGACUUGCAUUAUGGGGCUAUUAUUGGAGGUAUUGUGAGCAAUACAUUGCGGCCGCUAGUGCCAGAACCCUGCGACCCAGAAUGGAGAUCACUGAUGGAGAGAUGUUGGUCGUCAGAGACAUCAGAAAGGCCAAGUUUCACAGAGAUCGCGAAUGAGUUACGUUCGAUGGCAGCUAAGGUUCCCCCAAAAGCAGUUACUCAACAGCCUGUUCCCUCAACACAGCCUCAAGGUAAAAGUUGAUCUUCCAGGCACCUUUUUGUUUACCCCUGCAGUGUCUUUCCUCUUGGCUACCUUGUUGCAAAUUCAGCAUGCAGUAAUAAAGCAGCUACUAUUUUUUUUUUUUGGGUCAAAUGUAGAAGGGAAGAAACAUUCUAGUGCUUUGAAAUAGAAAUCUUUGGGUUUUUCCCCUGAUAAAA